AUGCUGCGUCUGGCUGCUUUUGCAGCACUGCUGCUGUUCUUCAGGGUCAAUCUGGAGCUGUCCUGGGCCCAAGCCAUCCCUGCUCUCUUCAUCUUCUACCUGGGAUCCGGCGGAUGGGACUUCUUCCUCAUAUUCAUCAAGACAAUACGAAGGGACGUCACCACGGGGCUGGUCCUGUUGCGGGUGAAGUGGCAGGUAUGGAGGCAUGUGAGGGAGAAGAACACAAUCGCCAAGAUCUUCCAGAAGACUGCGAGCAAGUAUCCAGAGAAGGCAGCUCUGAUCUUCCAAGGCACAGGCGAGAGCUGGACCUUCCGGCAGCUGGAUGAGUACUCCAACCGGGUGGCCAAUUUUUUUCACGGCCAAGGCUUCCGCUCUGGUGACGUGGUGGCUCUUUUCAUGGAGUCCCGCAAUCAGUACGUGGGACUGUGGCUUGGCUUGGCCAAGAUUGGGGUGGAGACCGCCCUUGUGAACUCCCACCUGCGCAUGGAGGCCUUGCUGCACUGCAUCACCAUCUCCAGCUCCAAGGCUGUGGUUUUUGGGGUGGAGAUGAUGGAAGCAAUGCAGGAAGUGCAGACCUCCCUGGAAAAAUCUAUCCAUCUCUUCUGGUCUGGGGAAGAAAGCCCCAAGUCCACUCUUCCUGGUGCGAAACACCUGGAUCCCCUCCUGCAGAUGGCCCAGCGGAACCAGCCAACCGCCCCUGAUAAGGGCUUUCUUGAUAAACUCUUCUACAUCUACACCUCUGGAACAACGGGACUGCCCAAGGCUGCUAUUGUGGUGAACUGCCGCUACUUCCGCAUGUCCAGCUUAGUUUUUUACGGUUUUCGCAUGAGGCCUGACGAUGUGAUGUACGACUGCCUCCCACUCUACCACGCUGCAGGGAACAUCGUGGGGGUCGGGCAGUGCCUGCUGCAGGGCAUGACGAUUGUCAUCCGCAAGAAGUUCUCGGCCUCACACUUUUGGGAGGACUGCGUGAAAUACAACUGCACGAUUGUGCAGUACAUCGGGGAGAUCUGCCGCUACCUGCUGACCCAGCCGUACCAGGAGGUGGAGCAGCAGCACCGGGUGCGCAUGGCGCUGGGCAAUGGGCUGCGUGCCUCCAUCUGGCGGGAGUUCAUGGCCCGCUUCGGCAUCGCCCAGGUGGCCGAGUUCUAUGGGGCCACAGAAUGCAACUGCAGCCUGGGAAACUUCGACAACAACGUUGGGUCAUGUGGCUUCAACAGCAGGAUCCUGCCAGGUGUGUACCCCAUCGGCCUGGUGAGGGUGGAUGAAGACACUAUGGAGCUGAUCCGGGGGCCAGAUGGUGUCUGUAUCCGCUGCAAACCAGGGGAGCCAGGGCAGCUGGUGGGCCGCAUUGUCAAGAGCAACCCCUUACAGCACUUUGACGGCUACCUGAAUCAGUCAGCCACCAACAAGAAAAUCGCCAGGGAUGUGUUUACAAAAGGGGACGCUGCUUAUCUCACAGGGGAUGUCCUGGUGAUGGACAAAUACGGCUACAUGUACUUCCGGGACCGCACCGGGGACACAUUCCGCUGGAAGGGGGAGAACGUCUCCACCACAGAGGUGGAGGGGACGCUGAGCCGCAUCCUGAACCUGACAGACGUGGUGGUUUACGGGGUGGAGAUCCCAGGGAUUGAAGGGAAGGCAGGAAUGGCAGCCAUCGCUGACCCGGAAAAUUCCUGUGACCUAGAAGGCUUUGCCAGUGAGCUGAAAAAGGCUUUGCCGCUGUAUGCACGGCCCGUCUUCCUGCGGUUCCUGCACGAAGUCUCCAAGACAAGCACUUACAAGUUCCAGAAGAUGGAGCUGCGGAAGCAGGGCUUCGACCCCACGGUGGUGAAGGACAGGUUGUACUUCCUGGACUCCAGGCAAGGCCACUACCUGCGGCUGGACCAGGCAGCGUUUGGCAGGAUCCAGUCAGGACAGCAGAAGCUGUAACUGGUGGGGCUUAAGCAAGACACCUCCCUAAAUCCUGCUGGGGAGAGCGGGGCAAGGCAAGCGCUGGGGAAGAAAAGAUUCAAGGAGCGAUACAAAGGCAUGCUAGAGAUUUUAUUUGACGAGUUUGACAGAUAAUGGUUUGGGGGGAAUGCAGAGCGGACUGAGGGGAGGGGGAUGGUUGCAUACCAAAGCAUAGACUCAUUAUGGCUUUAUUUUUUACUUGGUACAGCGGUGGUGGUCCCUUGCCACGGGAGGGGCAGGGCCCUGGCCAGUUGAGGAGGAGUGGGGUGCCCCUGCCAUUUCACUUUGCUUUUCCUGUCUUUCCCCCCUUUUCCUGCCUGCAGCAACCCUUCCUUGUGAAGGCCAUGAAGGGACCAGUGCUGGGCUCUUUUCCCCACUCCUCCACCAAGCAGCCAGCUCCUCCCUGGCACAGGGCCCCGCUGGCAGAGGGAAGCUGGGUGCCAGGCGCAACCCCUGCUCCCUGCGUGGCCCUGCUGGUGUCGUGUUUCUGCUGUGAAUCAGGGGAGCAGGGUAGUGCUGGGCUUGGGAGAGGGACAGGGAUGUGUUUCUGCCAUGCCUUGCUCUCUCCUGGGGAUGACAUUUCUAUUUUUCACAAUCACACGCACAUUAUAUUAUAUAUAUAUAUAAAAAAUACACCCUGACUUUUUUUUGUUCCCCAAUCUUAAUUUAUUGUCUGUACUUCUGAAUGUGUCCCGGGUUUGUGCAGUAGGUGGAGGAGCAGCCCAGACCUGUCCUCUUGGAGAGCUCUUUUCUCUCGCAUGGAGAUGGGGAUGCUCAUCUGGGACUGAUUCUCCUCUUCCAAGCAUGGGUGCAGCCGUGUAUGUCCUUGUGGCCUUGCUCCAUGGUGAAGGACAUGAGCGAACCCUGCUAUCUUGUGGACACUUCUCUGGGUCUCUUACUUCCACCUUUUGUGGAUGCAGCCUUGUUUUGUGCACCUUAUUCCUUACAGAAAGCAGGUGGGAGAGUAGGUGUGAAGGGCCUGGUUUGCUUAAAUGUACUCGGCACCACGGAGCAGCUCUCGGGGCUUUUCUGCUGCAAUGUCUGUGCACUGAACGUGGGAGACAACUUGCCUAGGCGAGAGAAGGUCCUCCGGAGGGUUGUGUCUGUGAGAGCCUGACUUCACAUGCUCUGCAUCCCUUCCUGCAAGAGCCCUCACCAUCUCCACCACAGGAGACGGGCUCCAAAAUGAAAUGUCCGUGUUAAACACCUGACUUGCACUAUGUGAAUUUUCCACGUUGUGUCUGAUGUGAAAGCCUUAGCAGCAAUGUCGAUUCCCGUGCUUGGAGACCAUGCAGAAACAUCUGUUCCAGAGAAAACUCUGGGUUGGGGUUUAUUCUUCUCUCUUUUUUUUUUUUUUUUUAAUGAUUUGUUUUUAUGCUUUUAGCAGGGUUACUCCUUAAAAUGACAUCUGUCUUUUGUGAGGGCAGAGUUGUAUGCUCUUCUAGCUGUGCUUCCACACCAACAUACCUGCCUGCCCCAGUCUGUCUUGUCCUCAUAAUUAAAUACGAGUAUGGGCUAUGCUG